AUGGAGCUGCCGGACGGCAACGGGAGCUGCCCGGACUGCAGCCUGGGGGCUCGCCCGUCCGCCGGGGCCACCACCGCCCUGGCCGCGGUGAUCAUCUUCACCAUCGUGGGGGACCUCGUGGGCAACGCGCUGGUGAUCCUGUCCGUGCUGAGGAACAAGAAGCUCCGCAACGCCGGUAACAUCUUUGUGGUCAGUCUGUCUGUAGCGGACCUAGUAGUAGCGGUGUACCCUUAUCCUCUCAUCUUGAGUGCCAUUUUCCAUAAUGGAUGGACACUGGGAAACAUUCACUGCCAAAUCAGUGGGUUCCUCAUGGGCUUAAGUGUCAUUGGGUCCAUUUUUAACAUCACAGUCAUAGCAAUCAACAGAUACUGCUACAUCUGCCACAGCCUCUGGUACGAUAAACUCUUCAACCUGAAGAACACCUGCUGCUAUCUUUGCCUGACCUGGACACUGACAGUGGUGGCAAUUGUGCCAAACUUUUUUGUUGGAUCCCUGCGAUAUGAUCCCCGGAUUUAUUCCUGCACCUUUGCCCAGACUGUAAGUACAUCGUACACCAUAACAGUGGUAGUUGUUCAUUUUAUAGUCCCCCUGUCCAUAGUGUCAUUCUGUUACCUACGGAUUUGGAUUUUGGUGAUUCAAGUCAAGCACCGGGUAAGACAAGACUCCAGGCAGAAGCUAAGAGCAGCUGAUGUUCGGAAUUUUUUGACCAUGUUUGUGGUUUUUGUCCUCUUUGCAGUGUGUUGGGGGCCGUUAAACUUUAUUGGUCUUGCUGUCUCUAUUAAUCCUUCAGAAGUAGUGCCAAAAAUUCCAGAAUGGCUCUUUGUCCUGAGCUACUUCAUGGCCUAUUUUAACAGCUGUCUCAAUGCUAUGAUAUACGGGCUUCUCAAUCAGAAUUUCCGAAAGGAGUACAAAAGAAUCCUACUGACUCUAUGGACUCCGAGGUUGCUGUUCAUCGACGUGUCGAAAGGUGUGACGGAGGGACUGAAAAGCAAGCCCUCCCCCGCUGUAACAAACAACAACAAUCAAGCUGAAAUACACUUAUGAAUCAGAGCAAUGCUAUGUAUUCUGGGGUACAGUUGUGUAUAUACUAUAGUAUGCAAAAGCUUUUCUACCUGCACGUUUAAAAGCUGAUAUCACGGGGCCCAAUACCACCAGCACUUACUCAUCCAAGAACUGGGUCUGUUCCUACAGAUGGCGUCUGAGUCCCUUACUCACAGAAGUAAGGCUUUGAGUAAGGAUUUGUAGGAUGGAACCCACUGACUUUGUUUUUCCUAUGCCAUUUUUCACCAGGUGCCUAGGUGACUUUGAUGCACUUGCCACACAGGUACUAAUGAUCUGUUGGAAGCAAAGCAUUCAAAGCGCCUGUAGAUGCAGUUGUAGUUGAAACUAUAAGACCAGGCAAAAAGCCCUCUUUUUUGAAUUUUUUUUUCUAAUUCCAUCCUUUUAGCAUUUAAGUAACGCUGAACCAAAUGUACAAGAUCUGAGCUAUAAACUGCAUGACUAACUUUGUACCUUUUUAGGUUAGUAGGAUUAGUCAGUAGUCACAUAAUAUGGGCAUGAUGGCUUCCACUGUCUCUUUAGGGUUUAGUAACUAGCCAGUACGAGAUGCAAGUCAAGGCAAAAGCACUGGUUUUGAUUGCCUCUAUUCAGAUGUUGAGUACACUUGCACUUUUUUUUCCAGGCUGUGAAUAAAAUACAACAAGUGACCUAAUCUAAUUGCAGAAAGAGGUUCUGAGCCUAAUUCAAAUGUUAAACAAUAUUCAGUAAUGGCCUGCAUUCAUUCCAAACAUCUCUCAGAAGUCCUGUCAUGUGAAUGUAACGAAGUGUAGCAGAAUCCCAUCCUUUUAAUUCAGAUGCCGACUUUUAAGAAAUAAAUAGAAAGGAGAGCUCAGUGAAAAUAAUAUUUGCACUUGCAGACAAAGGCAGAAAGAAAAGGGAAUGUUCAUCCCAAACGUGUCUCAUCGCAUAUGCACCAUUACACGAAUGCAAUGAAAAAGGCAAGUGUAGAGUUUUCCUUCUUUUUACUCUUGCACAGAGUUACAAUAUGUAAAUGGGGAACCUAUGUAAAAAUAUUUACACGCCCCGAAAAAGAGUGUGAACAUUCUCAGUUAAAGCCUGAGCUCUGCCCCUUUGUGGUUGCUGUCAAUGCACUACAGUAUUGUGUAGGUCCGUGUUACAGGUAAAAUAUAUGCACAGUGGGCAGAGUUAAGGCUUCUUUAAUUGGUGGAGGGCUUUGUCUGUAAAUGUGAAUUUUUUUUUAUUUUUUUUUUCACCCUUAGACCAAAUUUAGUUCGUUCUUGAGAGGGCUUUUAAAAAACUGGUAGAAGAACAAAAAGUGAACUACUUCUGCUCUCAAGCGGUCCCAUUAAAUCAAUGGGCAAAACUCUGCUGUCAGUUAUAGGGUGAGCUUCAGUUCAAGCCAGUAGAAUUAGGCUGACUUUACAUGGGUGUAAUAGGGACACCGAGCCUGCUCCUGUUGAAGUCAAUGGGAGCUACGCUGUUGAUAUUGAUGAGGGCAGGAUCUGUCCUUUGUGGCAGAAUUUAGCCCAACGGGACUAGUCACAUAAAUAAAGACAGAAGAAUGUGACCCUGUCUCUUGUCAAAGAAAGGACCCAAUUCUGCAUUAGUGAAAUCUAUAUUUUUUGCCACUGAUGUCAGUGGGAGCAGGAUUUGGCCCACAGGGCUAAUCCUCUGAGGCACAAAGG